AGAGGGGGAGAGAGAGGACUCGCGAAGGAGGCGAGAGAUGGAAAGAAGAGCGUACACGGCAUUCGGAUUCAUCCUGCUUGCCACCUUCUUCUACUUCAACUGGAUCUCUUCCGGCAGCGGUGGAGGGUUUAGGAUCCGUAUUCCGAUCCCAUGGUUGCAACCAAAGAUGGACUUCAUUGGGCGGAACGGAACUCAUUUUAUUGACGUGGAGGACGGAACACCGGUAUACGUGAACGGGUGGAACUCGUACUGGCUGAUAUCGUCUAAGCUGGAGGAGAUCUCGGAGAUGUUUCGCCGCGGACGAGCCAUGGGAAUGACAGUCUGCCGCACAUGGGCCUUCAGUGAUGGCGGUGCCAAUGCGCUUCAGAUCUCCCCGGGUCGUUUCAACGAGCGCUAUUUACAGGCACUGGAUUUUGUCAUAUAUGAUGCAAGGAGGAACAAUAUAAGGUUAAUUCUUUGUCUCGUGAAUAAUCUUAACGCAUUUGGAGGGAAGGCUCAAUACGUAAGAUGGGCACAGGCUGCUGGAGCCAAUGUGACCUCGACAGAUUCAUUCUUCUCAGACCCCAUCAUUAAGCACUACUACAAGGAUUAUGUCAAGAAAAUUUUGUCCAGAAAGAACUCAUUUAGCGGAGUUAGAUAUAAAGACGAACCUGCAAUAUUUGCUUGGGAGCUUAUGAAUGAACCUAGAUGCGUGCUGAACUCAUCCGCUCCUCUUCUUCAGGAGUGGAUUGCUGAGAUGGCUUCUUACAUCAAAAGUUUGGAUCAGAAACAUCUGGUCACAGUUGGGUUAGAAGGUUUCUAUGGACAAGGGAGAACUGAAAGAUUAGGUGCUAAUCCUGGAGAGUGGGCUUCUUCUCUUGGUUCUGAUUUCAUCCAAAACUCCGCCGAUGAGAACAUUGAUUUUGCUUCAGUUCAUGCAUAUCCUGACAGCUGGAUACCAAAAGCAAGCUUUGAGGAGAAGGUCAAGUAUCUCUCCAGCUGGGUUGAUUACCAUGUGAAUGAUAGCGAGCAUGUACUGAAAAAGCCAGUGCUUUUUGCUGAGGUUGGGUCUCGCUUAGGAGGAAAGAAAAAUGGAUCUUAUGAUAGGGAUAUCAUCCUGAAGAUAGUUUAUGAUAAGUUAUAUGAGUCUGCAAAGAAAGGCGAAGCUGGAACAGGAGCUUUGAUAUGGCAAUUGAUGAUUGAAGGAAAACAACCAUAUAAGGAUGAAUUCUCGUUAGUAGCAAGCCAACAUCCUUCAACCUACAAGCUCAUAUUGCAGCAGUCUUGCAGAUUAAGGAAAUUGUUUCGAAGAAAAGGAGAAACAAGAAGCAUUUUGUGGCCUUGUACAGAUGCCUAAUUUUGAGGGUCCCAUAUUGUUUGUCAGGUCAUGCAAUUCUGAGGAGGCUUGAGAGGAAGAAGAUGAAGUUGAUAGAGACGAUGAUCCGGAUCAUGAGUAAAAUCAUCCAAGAAUAUUGAUGAAAAUGCUCCAUAUUCUCUUAAAGGUAGAAAAGCACAUCUCUUUAUAUGCCCCAUAGAUUAUUCUCAACCAUUGUUGGACCACACCGAGAGAUAUAAAAAUAUUAAACAUAAACCAUGUUGUACCAAGUAUGUUUGUGCAUCACAAUGAAAAGAUGGUGGCAUGGGUGUCAUAUGGCUCAUAAAUGGGCAUA